UAGGAAAGAAGAGUCGUUUUGGUCGCGCUGCAUGUCGUUCCUGAAGCUCAGGCGAUAAGCGAUGUUUUCUCACGCCGGACUAUCAGCUUGACCGUGAGAAUAGAGCCCGUCCGGUCAAUAAGCGACACGUGCGCAGAGACAGCUUCUGAGAAUAAGUGCACGAAAGUGAUCUUGAGACAGCGCACGAUGCCCGUGAGAAUAUUCUGGCCGGAGCACCUCCUCCAGCCGUCGAAGGAGCAGCAAGAGGGAUAUUUAGUAGGAUGGGUCUCAAAUGGGGACACAACGUGUGUGGCCGACAUUGUGCCUGCAGGCCGGUUGAAGGAAUUGCAAGAGUUCUUGACGAAGAACGAGAGGAACGAUCUCUCGCCACAGAUAGUUGGGUUGUGCGGACCGCGGAGGAAGCCUGGGGCCCAGCUACAGUGGGAUAGUAUUCGAGACCAUGCUGCAGAAUUUCUCAUCCGUGUGUCUCUUUAUGGACGAGAUUUGAUAAUUUCCGAUAUGUACAUGCGCGGGGUGCCUCUCCCACACUCGACAUCAAAGCACGUCAUCCUGUUCCAAGAAGCCAAUUCACGACUACAGCAAUAUUACUCCUUGGACCCGCUGAUACUGGAUCUCUCCGCCAUCGACGAUGAGCUGGCCGUCGCGAAGGCGGAGUUGAAGAGGACAGCGGCAAAUUUUCGUCGUAGACAGUCCAGCUUUGGCCAUGGGAGAAGUCCGGGCCUGAUCGUUGAAAAACCGAGUGUCGUGCCAAUGGAUUGGAAUGUAGUCUUGCAUCAGACUUCGGCGGUUCGUGAAGGACGACCGCAGCUAUCUUCCGGACUUCUCAAAACUGCUCGACCACAUCCACUACCCAACAUCCACCGUAUUCUCCAAGCUCCUGUCGCUUUUGCCGCUGACCAUCAUCUGGAUCCUUAACGCACGAUGCCCACCAUGGCUAUUUCAGGGGACGGCAUUGAAAGACAUAUCUGCGACGGCCCAGCAAAUCGAUCUCAGAUUGCAGCA